UUGUGGAAAGUACUUGGAGGAGACGGCUAGCUGGAAAAAGUGCAGAUUGUGCAAAACUGACAGAAGGAGAAUUUUACCUUUUGGACAAAGUGCUGAAUUGCUCAAAUUAAACGGCGCCUCUAAAAUGAACAAGAUUCCCUCUGAUGGAGCGGGAGGACUGGGGCCUGCUCAGUUGGACUCUGAAACAAUCGCCACCCCACGCCUGCGAGAUGUGUCACAUGUGCUGCAGAUGUCUUUACCUGGAUGUAUCGAGCCAGAAUUGGAAGACAUCAUUUGCCCUCCGUUACAGAGCUCAAACGUCUCAGAUCGUCCAAAUACACUUCUACAACCUUUUAAUUGUGGCACGGCUUCUUCAGAGGAGCUGAUAGAGGAGGAAAGGCUUUUCCUCAAGUUGUUUAUCGAGCAGUUGGUGGCUCACAUUGAGAUAAAGACCCGCACACCAACAAGGAAUGUGGACUUAAGUAAAUUAGAGGCACAUGUGAGAGCGAGGACCCCUCUCGACUUACGGUUUACUGACCCAAAAGCCUUUGACAAAGUGCUCAUCCCCAUUUACAAAGACCUUUGCAAGAAGUUUGGCUCCAAAUACCUUCUGCUAGCUGCCCUGGACACUGGGGAUGUUGCCUUUGAAGCAGCUGUUGCAGAAGGACUGACAACACGGCUUACAGCGUCUGCACAGAAACCUGACAACCUGUUGAAGAGGCUUUUCUCCAAGAGGUCAUUCAAGUUUGCUCCGUUCAGAGAUGUGAAACCAUGUCACACUGAUGAAAACAGCCAGAACGACAGAAAACUGGUUCCACCUUUGAUGAACAGAAAGGGUGAUGGUGUCCGGAAGAGGCUGUCCUCCAUGGCUUCUGCUGUAAAAAAGAGAAUUGGUGACAACUUUGUCACCAGCGAAUGCCAAAGCCUGGAUUUCUUUAAUGGCAAGCCUCAAUUUAUGAUUGUCCCCCUUCUCUAAUAUUUAUCCUGAGAGAUCUGAAGAUGAGCUAUUAAAUUGGUCUUUUUUUAAGUAUUGUUUAUCUUGAAAGAUUUAAAGAGGAUUUGUUAAUUUGGACUAUUGUAAUAAAACAUUGAAUAUGGAUCAGAGUAAGCUGUCAAGUUUUUUUUUUUGAUCAUCGAUGGUUUCAUCAUAUAUUUAUCUGAAGCUAAAUGUACAUCCAAAGACGUGCGUGCCAAGAA